AUGGCGUCGAGUAAAGUCAUAGAGGUGUUCUACGACGUUGUGUCUCCUUACUCUUGGCUCGGGUUUGAGGUGAUGUGUCGCUAUAGAAACGUGUGGAACAUUGAUCUCAAACUAAGACCAGCAUUUCUGGGAGGCGUCAUGAAAGGAGCAGGGAACAAGCCGCCUGGUUUGGUGCCUAACAAAUUCCUCUACAUGUCGAAGGACUUGGACCGCCUCGCUCAGUACUGUAACGUUCCUCUUCAGCCUCCAUCUAACCCAGCUGAAGCUAUGUUUGAAAAAGGUUCUUUGGCUGCAAUGCGUUUUGUGACGGCGGUGCAGGACAGGGAGAGUGGAGGAGACAAACAAACGGAGAAUGUGUCCCGCGAGCUGUGGAGGAGGAUCUGGAGCCUAGACCAGGACAUCACCCAACCAGACUCACUCACUGAGGCUGCUGUGAAGGCUGGUCUGUCUCAUAAGGAAAUUGAAGAAGCGCUGGCGUUGGCGACAACAGACGGAAUCAAAGACAAGCUGAAAAAUGCAACACAAGAAGCUCUCGAACAUGGGGCAUUUGGUUUCCCCAUGAUUGUCUGUCAUGUGGAUGGAAAGAAAGAAAUGUUUUUUGGAUCAGACCGUUUUGAGCUCAUGGCUCACUGCAUUGGAGAAAAAUGGCUUGGGCCUCAACCAGACAAAGUCCAAGCAAAUUUAUAG